AUGGCUGAAUGUGGCUCGCCAUUAGGUCCUCUACCAAGUACUAUAUUUGAGGCAUAUCUACCCGAUUAUAAUGAAUCCUUUUCCACUAAGGGUUUACAUGGUGAUUCUGAGUUGAGGAAUCUUUUCCCUCCAGCAAAGAAGGACCCAAUUCAAGUAAAGAGAUUUUCACCAAAGCUUGACAUUCAUCCAAGUACUAUAGCUGCCGGAAGGGAGCCCCAGAUUCCCUACCACAAGGCCUACAGCGAGGCUGGCGAUGGUGACCGUAUGGUCAGAAUCUUCAAGUCCAAGUUGCCCCUCAGCUACUGGCACAAUGACCUCACUUUUGAAGAGUAUUCUUCAGGCACCAUCUUCUUUGUUGGGCUGGAACUUCCAGAUGCUGGUGGUGAUACUCUUUUCGGUGAUGCUAUUGAAGCUUACAACAGGACUUCUUGUUCACUCUGA